AUGGCGGCGGCGCCCGCCCUUGCCGCGGUCGCUGCCACGCCUGCCUCUGCGUCCAACAGCGCACCGCAGGGGCAGGCGCCCUCGUCGACCGCGACUGCGCCCGCCGCGACAGCUUCGUCUGCCGCCGCUGAGUGCUCCGGCGCGACGAAAUUUGACUACUUCGGUGUAAACGAGUCCUGCGCCGAAUUUGGCAACCAAAACAUCCCAGGCGUGAAGAACACCGACUACACCUGGCCGAGCCCCAGCAGCAUCGACUACUUCAUGCAGGAUGGCCUGAACUCGUUCCGAAUCCCAUUCCUCCUUGAGCGUCUCGCGCCGCCCGCCUCAGGGAUCACGGGCGACUUCGACUCGACGUAUCUGGCCGACUUGCAGAGCACGGUGGAAUACAUCACCGGCAAGGGCGGGUACGCUAUCAUUGAGCCGCACAACUUCAUGAUCUACAACGGGUCGACAAUCAACUCGCCUGACGAGUUUGCGUCUUUCUGGACAAACCUCGCCACGCUCUUUAUCGACAACACCAAUGUCAUCUUCGACCUCAUGAACGAGCCGCACGACAUCGAUGCCUCCGUUGUCUACGAGCACAUGCAGGCCGCUGUCAACGCCAUCCGCGCUGCUGGCGCCACUGAGCAGCUCAUCCUCGUUGAGGGCACCUCAUGGACCGGCGCCUGGACCUGGACCACCUCCGGCAACUCGGACGCCUUCGCCGCGCUCACCGACCCCAACGACAACAUCGCCAUCGAGAUGCACCAGUACCUCGACUCCGACGGCUCGGGCACCAACGAGACCUGCGUCUCCGCGACCAUCGGCUCCGAGCGCCUGCAGGCGGCGACCGAGUGGCUCAAGGCGAACAACCAGCGCGGCUUCCUCGGCGAGAUGGGCGCGGGCUCGAACGCGGACUGCAUCUCCGCGGUGAGCGACGCGCUGUGCUACCUGCAGCAGCAGGAGGGCACGUGGAUCGGCGCGCUGUGGUGGGCGGCGGGCCCCUGGUGGGGCGACUACUUCACGUCGAUUGAGCCGCCCAGCGGUGUGGCGUUGUCGGAUAUCUACCCGCAGGCAAUCUUGCCGUACGCGUAG